AUUGCACACCCGGCAGCGCAGUGGCAGCAACGCACAGGUGGGGAGAUUAUUUUCAGGUGAAAGAAACUGUCCCUCCUAAUCUGCGCCCGCGCUACCUGCCCAGCUCGCGCUCUUGACGCAGGAAUCCGUGCGCAUGCUUCACUAAACCUCAGAAUAAUUCACCCACUGACCCCGUCAUUUUAGUAAGUGAUAUAAAUAGAAACUUUGAAUAGCCAACCUGAAAACCUGCAAAAUCUGAAGGCCUUCUGCUAAACGUGAACUGACCACGUGAACUACAUAUCCCAGUGAUCCUUGAGUAUCCAGGAAGUUGAAAUCGGUUGUCAAGUAAACUUUUGCCCGUCUUGCUCCUUCUUUCUUUGUAAAUGUAAUUACUGGACCAUUCCCAACAACAGCGCUUAAGAAAUGAGUAUCAUUCACGAGCCGGUGGGCCAGAAGGUCCGCCCUACUGCUCGGGUUCAGGUGACUGAACUGAGUGAGUCAGGCAACAUCAACCCAACUCCUAAUCCUUCUAAAUCAGAUGAAGGUCCUACUGUGGAACUUUAUCUUUCUCCAGAAAGGCUGAGAGAGCUGUGUGGGACUCAUGACCUCUCUGUUGUGACGUCACUGGAGCUCUGCAUAAAUACCCAAGAAAACACCCUGGGUAACGUCGGUGCGUUUUUGCCCAAGUUAAAGCAGCUGAAACUGAACAACAGCUUGAUCUUGUCAGUAAGAGACCUGGGAACCACCCUCUCCCACCUGCAGGGGCUGUGGAUGUCGUCCUGCUGCCUACAAGACCUAGAUGGCAUUUCUACCUUCUCUUCUCUUCAGGAGCUCUACCUGGCCUACAACAACUUGUCAGACCUGAGUCCGAUUAGCAUGCUGGAGAGCCUGCAGCUGUUGGAUCUGGAAGGGAACAAUGUGGAUGACCUAGUCCAGGUUCAGUAUCUGGGUUUGUGUCUCAAACUCCAGACACUUACCCUAGAGGGAAACCCCGUGUGUGUCCGCCCAAACCCUACUUCCUCUGAGGUGGAGGAUUACAGUUACAGGAGCGCAGUGAGGGAGUUGGUCCCUCAGUUGCGUUACCUAGAUGAUGUAAGGGUGGAGGAGGACAAGUUGACCUGCUGUAGCAUGACAGGGGAAGACUGGGACAUUCUCAGAAACUCUAUUAGGGAAUGUAAUUCUUCUGAGGCUGUCAAGGACACGGCUGACGGCGUACGUCCCUACACUGCACACAAGUCAACCAGGCGUCCUUUUUCCUGUCCUUCUGGUGUCAGGCCCCUUUUAUCUCCGAGCUCCAGACUUACAUCAGACACCAGGCCUAGGAUUUGUACCCCUGUGGGAUCGAGACCUGCCUCAUCAGACUUUGAUCUAGCCUCAGUGGAAGUAGAGACCAGCAGCCUUAUUGAUGGUGCAGUAUUCAGAGCUGGGAAAAUCCUGUUCUGUGGAAACCCGGUCAAAGCUGUUCGAGCACGACGAGAAAAAUUGAAGACUGCACCCACCAGCUCCACUCUGACCCCACGUGACCUUCCAAUUCAUGUACCAGAACACACGUAUGACCUCGUGGAGCCUAAUCUUGGAAAUCGUGUUAAUGUGUUUGCAGAGCUGAGGGCGUGGAGGGAACAGCACAGCAGACGUCUUCAGAUCAUAGAGAAAGAGCGGCUACCACAGAUUCUGGCUAUUCAUCAUGAUACUGAGGAUGAGACUGAUGGGGGAGAAGAAGAAGAAGAAGCCUUCUCCCCCAACUUGAGUGGACUGUCGCUGGCUCCAAACACCAGACGUUCUGCUGCUUCUGCUGCUGCUAACAGGAAGCUGCUGGGGAUUCGAACCCGCAGGCUUCAUCUCAGCCAGGCCAGCUCUGAUUUUAACAGAGAGAGAUGCACCCCUCAAACAGCCACAGCAGUGCCGGACACAGACCUUGUGUUUGAGAGAGUCCGUGACUUGGAAGAGACCCAUGUGCCCCACAGACCAUGCCCACCUCCAGUGAAUGCCCUGCCACGAGGACCAGCAAACUCAAAUGUGAAUUUGUCUGGCAGACAUUCAGGCAAGCACAACAUUUCAAAACCCCUCAACAGCCCGCUGAUUCCUCGUCCUCACACAGCCAGAGCUGUGCUACAGAAACCCCGCCAGCACCACCAGCUCCAACCCGACAGAGGGAGAUCACACCCAGAUUGAGACCACACUUGCAUGCAUUAGGUUACCCUUAUUUUCAUUUUUCUGUCCCAUUAAAUUUUUAUUUCUGGUUGUACAUUAGUCCCUUAACUCCUCUGUCAGAGCAGAGGUGAAGAAGAGAUGAAGCAGAGUCUGACCAAACCUGUCCACUGUUAUGAGAAAAAGCUGCUAUAGGAUUAUCUGAUCUUUGUUUAAUGUGCACCAGCAGUGUUCUCACAAAUGUUUAUUAUUUUAUUUUUAUCUACGAUGUAGACUAAAGCAUAAUCUCCAGUAUUUUCCCUCUCUUUUUGGCCACUCUGGUUAUUUUUUAGGAUUUUAAAAUCCUGUCAUAUGUACAGUUUCACUAAGUUUUCUGAAUAUGAUCUACUGAAAGGAUGAAGAGGCACAAAACAGAUGAAUGAGAAGUUACUUUGAAAUGUCUGUUGAUUCAUUGGAUUCUUUUUGUAUUUUACACCAUUAUUUGUUCAAGCUGUGGGUGUUUAAUUUUAAAAUGUUUCUCUUGUGCAGGCAAAUAAUAAAACUGUUGCUUUUGGAGUUCAGCAUAAAAAUCAAGGGGAUGUUAGCCUUAAAUUGGGUUAAUGGGUUGGAAAACAAGCAUCAGUGAAAAUCCAGAACUAUGGUAAUCUUUCCUUUUCAGCAGGGGCGUGUCCAGGGAAUGCCCUGGGGUAACACAUGCCACCAUUUUGGCCACCCCAUUGAAACUGACAAAAGGCUUAGGGUUAUAAGCUCUUAAACAGUAGGUGGCAGUAUGCACCUUUGCAUUGGUUUCUAGCCCCAGGUCUAUUUGUGUGUAUUGGUAUUAUGAAUUUUUACAUUUUUUUUUCAUGCAUCAUGAUGAUGCUUGCUAACAGCCACAAAACUGCUGUAAGAACAAAAAGAUAAAGAGAUUUCCUAGAAUGCAUAAAAUAAAAUUUUGAGCGGUGACCCCCCAAAUAAAAAAAACUCCAUAACCAUAGGUGCCUUUCAUGUAUACAAAGGCCCCACAGGGGCCACCCCAUUUUAAAGGGCCUGGACACGGCACUGCUUUAGCUGUAAUUUUGUUUGAAAUUUUUAUUUUUUAUCUUUUUGUGGAUUUAACUGCAAGGAGGAUCUUAAGUUGCAUUUUAUCUGAAUAAAAACAGGAUUCUGAAGCUCUGA